UUUUGCGGUUUUCUGUAAUCAAAAAUGUGAUAGCGAAAUUUUUCAGAAUUUUUGUCGAAGCGAUUGUUUAAUUUAAUUAAUAUUCCAUUUGUUCGAGUUUCGACUCAUUUUAUCGUGACUAUUUAUUAUAAAGAUACACUGUAUUCGUUCAUUGUCUACUUCAAUGGCCGUGGAUACUUCUGAAACGACCGAAACGGUCCCACCGCCGAUAGAAGAUACUUCUCCGGCUGUCGUCAAAGAAGAACCUCAAAACACCGAAAAACCCUCUGAAUCGCCCACAAACGAAGUUAUCAAAGAGCCUUUCGAAAACAGAGGCAUCGAACUAAUUCACGACGAAGAAACAUUGAACAAUAUGACUAAAGAAGAACUUAUGGACGUGUACAAAAACAGUAUUACUUAUAUCAACAGCGUUGAAACUAAAUUAGCAAAUUUUGAAGCUGAAAUACUUUCGUUGAAAAAUACUGCCGAUUAUCAAAAACAACGCGAUCCUUCCUACAGAGAAAAAGUCCUGUUGAGGAAGUUGGCUAUGAAAGAGCAAGAAAUCCAAGAAUUCGCCAGUCAAAUAAGUGAACUAAAAGCGUCUCAGAUAACGUCGCUCACAACGUUGAAAUCAAGUCUGCUAGAUCCGGCUGUAAAUAUCAUAAUUCAAAAACUCAAAAACGAAUUGAGCGCUACAAAAGCUAGUUUGGAAGAAACUCAAAAUGAAUUAAAUGCUUGGAAAUUUACUCCGGACAGUAACACUGGUAAGAGACUGAUGGCUAAAUGCAGGCUGCUACAUCAAGAAAACGAAGAACUAGGAAAAAUGAUCUCAAGCGGCCGAGUAGCUAAAUUAGAAGGCGAACUAGCUCUUCAAAAAAGCUUCAGCGAAGAGGUUAAAAAAUCCCAAUACGAACUGGACGAACUGCUGCAAGAUCUCGACGAAGAUGUUGAAGGUAUGCAAGGUACGAUUUACUACUUACAACAAGAACUGAAGAAAUCCAAAGAGAAAAUCGCCGAUUUGAAUUCUAAAAAUAUAGAACUGAAGAAUCUCUUGAAUGGUAACGUUUCAGAAAACGAUACCGAAAAGAAGUCCAAGACCGAACAAUCUUUCAAUCAAGAGGACGAAUCUUCUAACGAUUCAGCCUGCCUGAUUUUAAAAGUUAAUCCGGAAGAAGAAUACGAUACGAUGUUGAACAUCGAUGAAAUCAAACAGGAGAGCGAGUCGGAUUAUAAGAAUAAAAGAAAUGCCGAUGAUGUUAAAACUGUACCUCUUAAGAAACAAAAACGUAUGAAUCUCAGUCCCGAAUAUCAAGAGAAAGUUAAAAAGGAACCGGAUGAGUGAAGCCUAGGCGAGACGAUCUCAUUCUCUUUGUAUUUCAUGAUUACCAUAUUGUUGUGAUUUAUUGUACAUACAGUAUAAUUUACCUACGUA